UAUUAGAAGUUAUCCACUUCCGCUCAAGAUGGCGGCGCAGCGGAGGAAUCUAAUGCAGAGCCAUCAGAGUUGGACAGAUGACCUGCCCCUGUGCCAGAUGUGCGGUGUGGGCAGUGCGCCCAACUGUGUGUACGGAACAGAUGGCAAGGGCACUCAGAGCCACCCGUACGAGGAUGGGCAUUUCCGGUUCAGAACCGAAGAGUGCUUCCUGUACGGCGUGUUUAAUGGCUACGACGGCAGCAGCGUGGCCAACUUCAUGUGUCAGUGCCUGACUGCAGAGCUCCUACUGGGCCAGCUCAACUCCACACACUCGGACGCAGACGUUCGCCGGAUAAUAUCUCAGGCCUUCGAUGCCGUGGAGAAGAGCUACUUUGAGACCAUCGGCGACGCGCUGGCCGAGAAGACCAGCCUGCAGUCCCAGAUCCCCGAGGGUAUUCUGUUCCACCAGUUGUCCCCUCAGUGUCAGAAGCUGUCUGAGAGGCUGGGCGUGCUGGAACAGGAAGUGAACGGGGGCGCCACCGCAGUGGUGGCCCUCAUCCUCAACAACAAACUCUACAUCGCCAACGUCGGGACCAACCGCGCCUUGCUGUGCAAGUCCACCAGCGAUGGCCAGAACCAGGUGAUCCAGAUCGGCCGAGCCCACACCACGGACAACGAGGAGGAGCUCGCUCGGCUGGCACAGCUCGGUCUGGACACCAACCGGCUGCGUCAGACCAGCCUCAUCGCCGGCCAGAGCAGCACCCGCCGGAUUGGGGACUACAAGGUGAAGUUCAACUACACGGACAUCGACGUGCUGAGCGCCGCUAAGAAUAAGCCGGUCAUCGCCGAGGCAGAGAUCCACGGAGGGCAGUCGCUGGAGGGAGUGACGGGCUUUCUGCUGCUCAUGUCCGAGGGUCUCAUCAAGGCUCUGGAAUCCGCUCACGGGCCCGAGCAGGCCAAUCAGGAGAUGGUUGCCAUGGUGGCGGCGGAGCUGGCCCAGCAGAGCACGCUGGAGGCGGCGGCGCAGUCGGUGGUGGAGCGGGUGAAGCGGCUGCACCACGACGCCUUCGUGAGCGGGCGCCAGCGGGCAUCGCACUGCUCGCGCCACGAGGACAUGACCCUCCUCGUGCGCGUCAUCAAUUACCCGCUCUCCGACGGCUCGCUCACGCCCACGCAAGGUGGGCGCAUCUACCCGGUCUCCGUUCCCUACUCCAAUAACCAGAACACCAGUAAGACCAGCGUGACCCUCUCCCUGGUGAUGCCCUCCCAGGGGACGCUGACCAACGGGACCAACACCGCCUCCACUCUGGAGGGAGGGACCCCCACACCUGGCCAGAGCCCCACCGCCACCCUGCAGUCCACCAACACCCAGACGCAGAGCUCCAGCUCCAGCUCGGGCGACGGCAGCCUCUUCCGCCAGCGGGGGAGCCAGGCGGCCCAGCCGGACGAGACGGGACGCGUGCCGCCCUACGUGGACUUCACCGAGUUCUACCAGCUCUGGGGCUCGGACCACAGCGACGGACAGAGCACACAGGGCGGGCUGGGCCCUCAGUGAGG